UGGCCAAAGACCAAAUUGCUCUUCAAGCUGCGAAGGCAUCCAUCCAUUAUUCCUCCCCUCUCUCUUUCUCUCUCUCUCUCUCCCUUUCCAUCUGUUGGUUGUUUGUCGGCCAGUGAAGAUGUUGUGUCUCUCGACGCGACCACAUUUCUGCUCCGCCCCACCCAAGACCGAAAGAAGACGCGUGGACAUGAGGUCGACUCCAUUGGUAGGUCUCUACUUCGUCGAGGUUAG